AUGUCUUCUCGCUCCUCCUACGAUAGAUAUAGAGGAGAGAGAAGGCAAGACUCAUUUACAGCUUCAACUCAUAAAUUAAUUCACUAUUGCUCUUCUGAUAAAAAUGGCGUUUAUAGUUUAAAUAAAUUAUGCACAAAAUUAGGGUUUCAUCAGAGAAGAUUUUAUGAUGUCAUUAAUGUACUCAACACAGUUGGAUUUUGCACAAAAAGAGAUUCUACAAAACUUCAGUGGAAUGGACAUUCUAAUGUCAAGUCAACCAUAUCCAAGAUGGUAGACACAUAUCAUAUUUUCGAUGAGAGCACAUCACUAGAAAGCAUAUUACCAUCGGAUGGUACGAUCUCAAUUUCAAAGGUAACAGAAACAUUUUUGAUGCUUUUUCUAUUCUUGGGAAUUCAAUAUAUCGAUAUUAAAGAAGCAAGCAUAUUUUUAUCAGUGCAAAGUGGACGCCAAAAAACGACUUUAUGUAAAUUAUAUCAAAUCGCUCAGAUAUUAGAGGUGGCUGGCAUUGUGUCUAGAACAAACCAGACCAGUGAAAUUAAAAUCAACGAUCAGUACUUUGUCAAAAACAGCUUUACCCCCAAAGAAGUAAAUGAUCCGUUAAAUUUGGAUCAGUUGCUUAAUCGUCCGGUCGAAAAUCUACCACAUGACCAAUUUCAUAUAAGGCGCUCUAUUUUUAAGAACUUGAUCCAAAAUGAUAAUUCCAAAGAAUCUGAAGUGACUAUAUAA